AAACGUUACCCAGAUUUUCCUAAUGCCACGCUGCCACAAUCGCUGCCUCGGUUUCCGUUCUUUUCUCUCACCGACACAUCUCCACCUUCUGCCAAACCUUCUACUUCUCUUGCUAAGCAAUCCAGGGCGCCUCCUAUUGAAAUUCAGCCAUGUGAGUCACAUUUUCAAGAUAUUGAUGCUUGCAUUGGAGACAUUCUCAAUGUGUUUUUGACUAACAAACUUAUGGUUGGACCAUCCUGUUGCAAGGCGAUAACUGAGAUCAACCAAGAUUGCUUGGAUGGCUUAAUUCCACCAUUCAUUACUGCCUUCUUUGGUCCUUACUUGUAGGCACUUUGGUUUGUCUUAAAAUUUUUAUUAAGAUAAAACAUCCAUUUAUUAGUGCUAAGGAUAUAUGGUUUUU